AUGUCGUACGGCCCUCCGCCUCACAAUCCAUACGGCCCGCCGCCCGGCCAAGGCGGCUACGGUCCCCCACCACCACACCACCAUCAACAGCAGCAGCAAUGGGGCCCUCCUCAGGGACCGCCGCCCGGUAACUGGCAGCAGCCUCCGCCUGGUCAAUGGGGCGCACCGCAAGGUCCUCCUCCGGGACAUCAUCAGCCGCAGCAAUGGGGUCAACCCCACGGCCCGCCGCCGGGGCAACAGCAGUGGGGUGCUCCUCCCGGCCCUCCGCCAGGGCAACAGCAGUGGGGUGCUCCUGGGGGCCCGCCGCCUGGUCAGCAAUGGGGUGCGCCGUCGGGUCCGCCACCUAAUUUCCAGCAGGGGCCGCCCUCGCCCAUGCCGCCUCAGGGUGGUCCGCCGGGAGGGUUUGGUGGGCCUGGUGGUGUUGGCCAGCCCUCAUUAGGCUACAUUCCUGGUAUGACAGCUCAAGGAUGGAACGCAGACCAAUCUGCCGACGCUCUCCGUGCGGCGAUGAAGGGAUUUGGCACUGACGAGAAGGAGUUGAUCAGAGUUCUCUCGCAGCUAGAUCCGCUACAGAUCAACUCAGUGAAGCAUGCAUUCACUCAGCGCCACAAGGGCCGCGAUCUGGCGAAGGACAUCUCGAGUGAAACAUCACGUUACUUCAAAGAAGGCUUGCUUGCGAUAGUCCGCGGUCCGCUCGAGCAAGACGCGUAUGCCGUGAACGACGCUGUUGCCGGUGCCGGGACGAAUGAGGACAUGCUCAACGACGCCGUCUUGGGCCGGUCAAACGCUGAUUUAAGAGCCAUCAAACAGAUGUACCAGGUAAGGUACAAGAAAACCAUGGAGGCCGACGUCGCUGGCGAUCUGAGCAUGAAGACCAAGGAUCUGUUCAAUAUGGUUCUAGCCGCCAACCGCGCCGAAGAGAAUACCCCCGUCAACCCCCAACAGGUCGACCGCGAUGUCGACGAGCUCAACCGCGCCCUGCAAAGCCGCGGCGAGCAGAUCGCCGUCUGCAACAUCAUCUGCUUGCGCUCCGACGGCCAGCUCCGCGCCAUCGCACAUGCGUUCGAACAGAAAUACCGUAAAACCCUGCACAGCGCCAUGGAGAAGAAAUUUGACGGACACAUGGAGACGGCGCUUCUGCUCGCCCUCGACCGCGCCACCGACCGCGCCAUGGCCGAUGCGGUGCAACUCGAGGCCGCAAUGGCCGGCCUGGGGACCAAGGAUAAGCUGCUGGUCAAUCGCGUGGUCCGGAUACACUGGGAUCGCGCGCACAAGGAUCAGGUCAAGCGCGCGUACCAACAUCGCUACAAGCGUGACCUGAUCGCGCGCGUACAAGGUGAGACGAGUGGCGAUUACCGCGAAUUGCUCGUGGCUUUGCUGCGCUGA